UGGCGGCUGUUGCCAAGUGGCGUGUUCUCAUAUCGAUAAGCCACGGUUGUUGAUCCCUGCGCCGACAUCUUUCGCAGCCAGCCCAUAUUAUCCCACCAACAACUCGAAUCUAUCAAUUUCCGCUCCCUAUCAACGAAUUCGCCCGCCGUCAUCGCAACACUGCGAAUAGUCUUCCACCCCCGAUCCUCCCCGCUACCGCCGAACCCAACUUUGAAUCUCCUCCCGACACCGCCAGGAUGCCACGAGCCGAGGUCGGGUCGACCAAGUACCUGAGCAACAAGCUGAAGUCGAAGGGCUUGCAGCGGCUGCGAUGGUACUGCCAGGUGUGCGAGAAGCAGUGCCGGGACGCGAACGCGUUCAAGAUGCACACGCAGAGCGAGAGCCACACGCGCAAGAUGCUGCUGGUGGGGGAGGACCCGUCGAAGCACAUCGACGAGUUCAGCGCGCGCUUCGAGCGGGACUUCCUGCAGCAGCUGCGGACGGGCCACGGCGAGAAGGCCGUGCACAUCAACCACUUCUACCAGGGGUACAUCGCGGACAAGGAGCACGUGCACAUGAACGCGACGCGGUGGCACUCGCUGACCGAGUUCGCGAAGCACCUGGGCCGGUCGGGGCUGUGCCGGGUCGAGGAGAAUGAGAAGGGGAUCCACGUCGCCUGGAUCGACGACUCGCCCGAGGCCCUGCGGCGCCGCGAGCAGGUGCGCCGCCGCGAGGCCCUCGACAAGGGCGACGAAGAGCGCGAGCAGAUGCUCAUCCGCGAGCAGAUCCGCCGCGCGAGGCGGGACGCCGGGCAGGGCGACGAGGACGAGGACGAGGAGGGGGAGGGCGGGGACAAUGCAGAGAGCAGGGAGCUCAAGAGGCUGGACGGAGAGAAGAUUAAGCUGGCCUUUGGCGCGAAGCCUGCUGCUGCUGCUGCUUCUGCUGCUCAGCCGGCGUCGUCGAAGUCGCCCCCACCCAAAGAGGACGGGGACACGGAGAAGCCCGCGUCGACCGAACAAACAGCGGCCUCCACCGCCAUCUCCUCGUCAUCGACGGCCCCGACCAACAACGCGGUAUCGCUCAAGAUGGGGGCCGCGAAGGCGGCCCCUAAGAACGUGUUCGCGGCGGCGAAGAGGAACGCGCUGGCUGCUGGUGGGGACGCGAAGCGGAAGAAGGCGUUUGAGCCACCGAGGAAGAUUAGCGAGGCGGAGCGCAUCAUGAAAGAGGAGCUGGAGCGCAAGCGGCCACGCGAGUUCUCGGGCCGGGACGGCGGGGGGAAGAGGCAGCGGAUGUAGCGGGGGUGAGGCGAGUGAAGGAAUAGGGGCC